UCUCUCGUGGAAGUUUUGAAUCGUAACUGUUGAACUAAGGCUUUCCAUUGCUUCGUAAAAUUCCGAUUCCAAUUCUUAAACUCCUGUGACGCGUCGUUCGUGACUCUUUUGAUUUUUCAUCACCAUGAACGUGGUUGAUCGCGUAUUUCACUGGUAGAAUUCGACCGAAAAAAAAUUGGAUGAAGCAAAUUUUUUUUCAAUCAAAUAACCGGAUCGAUCUUCCGUUAAAAAUUUGGACGAAAACCGUUUUCACCGGAUUCCGGCAGAAACUUCGGGCUUGGUUCGAGGAAAACGAAAUGACGAUCGUAAAUCGACGAUCAGGUACCAGCAAGGAUUAAGCCGGGCGACCAGUCAGUCUACCCGUUCGUCCUAAUCGUAUCCAGUCGACAGAGGUGCGAAAUGGUUCGUAAGACAAUAGUCGAGGGACUGGAACAACUGUACGAAGAGCAGAAAUACGCCGGGCGAAGAACGAAACACGUACGAGCCGGAGGUCGUUGUUGAAAGAGGAUAAAAAACGGGGGAUCUGUCGUUAGAAGAGAGAGAGAGAGAGUGAACGAAGUAGAGAAAAAAAGGAAGAGCCGUUGUCGGAAAUCGAGGCAAAGUUGAAAAAGUACUGGCCCCCAAAUGCGCAACCGGCAAAUCCUGUUUCAUGUUCAUGUUCUGGAGCAAACGGGCGGUUCUAACUAGACGUCUACUAAAGGCAAAGGUCCGGGGGGAGCAUGAAACCGAGUGUGAGACUCAAGAGGAUACGUUAUCGCGCAUCAACGUCCCCAAAAGUACGAAUAACAUAACGCAAUCGCAGCAGCAGCAGCAGCAGCAGCAGGAGCAACAGGAGCGCAACGCGAGUACAAGAAUCGAGCGAAAUAGUAGCGGGAACGGCAGCCCGGCGGGUGGCGAAGGAUCGCGUACGACGCGAGCGCAGAAGCCUCGACUCGCGUCGUCGUCUUCGCCGUCUUCGAAUUCGAAUUCGUCCUCAUCUUCAAACGCCUCAGGAGCUUCGUCCUCGUCGUCUUGUUUGACCCCGGGUAACAAUCGCUCGAGCAGUAAUUCGGUGGCGACGAGGUUUCAUCAGGGCUGCUGCGGCGGCGGCGGGGAGGUAUCUCACGACGAGGAUGACGAGGAGACACGACACCAGGACAACAAUCACAACGGUCACCGGAGCAACGUUCUGCCGAAUCGUUUGACGCGUUGUAAAGAAUUGCUGAAGAGCUUGAAGGAGCCCCAGCUCGAAAUGUUGCUCAACGUCGUCGAAAGCUACGGCGCCGAUUUUGGCUCCUGCGUCCUCGUUCCCCGCAAGCAAACGCACCAGCAACACCAGCCCAGUCCCAAGAGGUUCACCGCCUCCCUCGAAUCCCCGGCGAGCAUCCCCAACAGCCUCAAAGAGAAAGAAGCGACUUCUCCAACCUGCAACAGGCACUCGCGGUCCUGCCCCCUCUCCCCGGCCGCUUCGAACCUCCACGAGCCACCAGCCACCGCGACAACCUCCUCCUCCCGACGUCUCAAUCCACACCGACACAUUUUGCGCUCGCGUCGUCACAAUCCCUCGACGAGAUGCUCGAGGUGCCCGAACAAUCAUCCCCCCAACCCGGCCUCCAACGACGAAUUUCCCUCCCCCUCCGCACCCAUUCGGCCGACCAACCACGGGGACAAAGAGGAACUUGCGCCGUUUUUAUCCAACGACAAUCAAACCAAUCUCCGGUUCAUCGAUCGGCCCAACAAUUUGGCAACGAUCGACGACCUGAGGCAACAACAGCCCGCCUGGAGCGCCGAUCGUCGAUCGAACCCCGGCCUCGAUCCCCUCGACAAAACCGACGCACCCUCCCUCGAUCUCGACGACAUCGACAACGACAUCGCCCCCUCCAGACCCGAGAGAGAUCGAUGCAGAAACACCAAAAUCCCACGAUCCAACCUCAACAGAAAGAGAAGAGAAUCGCCCAGCUCCGGCACCGCCCAACAUCAUCGGGAUCACUGCAACAACGACGACUCCCCACCCGACGACCCUCAUCUACUCUCCUGUCAAACUUGGCGGUGGCCCGAUCUCGCCAACUCCGCCGAACUCAAGAAACUUCCGGUCUGCCAUUCCGCUAAAGAUCCCGUUUACGUGUGCUGCAAUCCCUACCACUGGAGCCGGCUCUGCAAACCUGAGUCGCCACCGCCUCCGUACUGCCUCAUCCCUGACAGGCUGAGACCCGAAGACCGUGCGCCGAGCGAAAUCAGCGGUGAUUAUCGUCGCUGCGGUAUCGGGACGAGUCCCCUGCCUCAUUCCGGCUCGCUCACCACCAACGGCGAAGGUGGCUCUGAGAUGGGACAAAGAGAGUGGUGCACCCUCGCCUACUGGGAAUUGGGAGGACGAGUCGGUCGUCUGUAUCCGGUGGAACCGUUGACCGUCAACGUUUUUGACUCGCUCCAUGACGGUGACGGUUUGUGCUUGGCCACUCUCGCGGAAAAUCACAACGCGUCACCGGCCGUCCAGAGGACACGCAGCAAAAUUGGCUUGGGUCUGAUGCUGAGUCAAGAGUCGGACGGUGUGUGGGCUUACAACAGAUCGGAGAGUCCGAUAUUCGUGAAUUCGCCGACCCUCGACGAUCCGGAAUCCCGGACGUUGUUGGUGUACCGUGUACCGCCGGGUUUUUGCCUCAACAUAUUCGAUCGUUCAAAAACGAUGAAGCUGCCACGUUGCAUCGGACAAAGUUCGUCGAUAAGCGGUAGCUUCAAUUCCGGACCCGUGGACGUCAAUUCCGUCCGUAUAAGCUUCGCCAAAGGCUGGGGACCAAAGUACUCCAGGCAGGAAGUUACGUCGUGCCCGUGUUGGCUCGAAGUGCUUCUGGCGCCGUGCAGAUGAUCGAUCCCUCGUCAUAAUCGUCCUCGCCGUCGUCGUCAUCGUUAUAAAAACGCCUUUUUAACGUCUACGAACUCAUUAUUUCUUUUUCUAUUCCUCUCCUUGUUUUAUUGUUAUUUCUCGAUCACCGUACCUCACUCUUGAGCGCGCAGAUCAACCAUUUUUUCAUACGGACCUUGGACCACGAUUCAAUCUCUUUUUUUCUUCACCCUCUUUUUUCUUUCGAUUCUUCUGCAUACUUGUAAACGUGUGCAUCACGUCAAUACGACGCUGUUUGCGUGUUGCUCGUGUGCAUAUAUCGUGUGCCUUCCCUGCUUUCUUCUCUGUGCAAUAAAAAUGAGAGAAAGAGUGAGAGAGUGCGCGUGGGUACAGCGGAGAGAUAAAAAGAGGGUUGCGAGUGGACGACGACUGUGUUUUGACGUCUGGAGAUGAAAAACAAAUACAAAGGAAUCAUUUCAUCGGCCAAAUCGUACUCCGAGAACAGACGAUUGUCAUUUUCAUGACUUCCUCGAGCCUCUUGCAACCCUACGCGUGUACUUUUCCUCGUAAAUAUCUAAAUGUUUGAACGGUUGCGUGAGACUGCGCGAGAUUCGAAUGCGCGAUAACGCCGAGAAACAAAAAUUCGUUUUUAUGUAAUAUACACGAAAAGAUACACACGGACGUAGAAUCGUACGUAUUUGUCGACUUUUGAGCCCAAGCUUUUCAGCAUCGAUCGAUCGACGUUACUUCAACAUUUUUGUACAACCGCUUUUAUCGACGUAAAAGUGGAACGUAACUUCAGCCUCGUUGAAUUAACGGCCGAUUUUUUGGUACACAACUUUCGUACAUUUGUAUACGCGCGGUAAAAAAUACUCGUUGAAAUCUCAUCGAAUGAUUCGACGUCGUUUUUUUAUCUGCGCAAACGAAAUGAUUUUGUAACUAACCGUUUGUCAAGUACCAAAAAAUUGUGUUCACCAAAAUCUUCGCUCUGUUUUUGCUAAUGAGAAUUAUAGAAAAUUCGUCGAAUCAUUUUUUACUGUGAAUAUUUUAUUUCGAUUGUUAUACGUUGAAAAAAAUUGUUCAAAUUUUCAACGAGCCUCGUACUUUGAAUUUCCGUAAUUUCAAAAACUCCGGAGAAACGAGACUCGAGUCUCAGUGGAAAAAAAUACCAGACGAAUAUGCGGGCAAGCAUGGAAGAGAGAAAACGAUGGUUCUGCAGUCACAGUGACAAAUCGGCGAUAAAUUUGUCCUCGUUUUGUCCGACAAAACGUGCGCGCUUUUCGAAUUUGUCACAUUUCGUCCCUGAACGUUGCUUUUUUAUUUAUAUACAUUUUUGUAAGAUUUCUAAUUUGAAAUCACUUGUAAAUAAUCUUAUUUAUAUUGUAUAUGAAAAAUGCAUCUUCGGAAGCACAUUGAAAGUGUUAUUUUAUUUCUCUGCACCGAGACAAGUGAGAGAUUGAGGGGCGGAGUCGACGGAUGCUCGAGAUGCUUCGAGAGCCUUUCCAUUCGCAAUUCCACCGCGUCGUUAUUCUCGUUUUCACAUAUUUUUUUUCUCUGAUUCUCUCUGCUUCUAUGACGGUGAAGAGAUGCCGAAAACUUGAAAGUCUCCGUACGAUCUACGUCCAAGUGCCAUUACACGUUGCAACGAUAAUAAUCAAACACACACGCGUAGAGAAUUGCGAUAAGACUUUUAUUGCGCGCGAGAAUUGAAAAAACAAAAUCACCCCAUCUUUUAUUUCUCGCUCGAACUAACGAACAGUUGCGACAUUGAAAAAAUGUUAUUUCCGUUGAGAAUAUCGAUGCGGCAAAAAAACGCACACAAUAUUCGCGCUUGUAUAUAAACCUCGUGGACGAUUCUGUUUUCCACGUUCUCUUUUUUUAAGCAAUGACUGUUGUAAAGAAAACAAAAAAUACAAACGAAAACGUAAGAGGGAGAGGAGAGUUGAGAAAAAAUCUCUAGUGCCUUUAAGUAGCGUUUGCCGUGGCAUCGAAUAAUCGUCGUACAAGAAAAACAAUUUUACAGCUGCGUUCGCUCGCGUCUACGACAGUAUAUAUAUAUAUAUAUAUAAAUAUAUGAAUUUAAAAAUUAACAAUUCGAGGUGCAAAUUAACGAAUAAAUAAUGUAAAAGUUUUUUUAAACGACACAAACCUCGAAUAAGUCCUUCAAAGACAUUGGUUUCGAUGCUCCGCGGGGACAUAUAUGAGAAUUUUUAUAUUGUACAUUUUUUUAAAUUGAACGAAAAAGAUUAAGGAAAAAAACAACAAACUCAAAGUGCCUGUCGCCAUUGUUCUCGAUCUCCAUUAUUUCCAAACGCUCAAACAAUCGCUCGAUUAUCGAUUGUUUUUUCCCCGUACAAAAGACCUAAUAACGUUAGAAAAAAAUAUAUAUAUAUAAUACAUAUUCGGAUGAAUAUUUAAUAUUUCGAGAACGAUUACGACUUUGAAUCCGAGCUCUUGUUCACUUCACGCAAUAAGAAGAAAAAGAAGAAGAAAUAAAAUAACGAAAAAUGCACACUACCGUUGUUAAUCCCUGUACGAUGAGUGAUGAAUCGAGAUGCUCUUUGUACUGUAUAUAAUGUAUAUAAAGACUCAAGUAUAUACUCCGUUGUAUGAAUGUAUAUAUAGUAUAUAUAAACAUAAAUAUAUUAUUACUAUUAUUUACAAUAAUUAUUAUGAUUAUUAUUAUCUUUAUUAUUAUCACUAUUAAUAUUAUCUUUAUUAAUAUUAUUCGUCAUUAUUAUUAUAUUAUUAAUAUUAUUAUUAUUAUUAUUAUUAUUAACAAUUAAUUAAAAAGAACGAACGAAUGAACGAAAGAAAAAAAUAGUUUUAAGAGAGAAGCCAGUAAUAAAAUGCUGAGAGUCUGACAGACUCUUGAAAUGCGUUUUAUUGUUGAUUGAUUAUCGAUCGAUUUUUAUUCGAUUGUGAAUAAAAAAGGAAUGAGAAAAGUAAGAAAAAAGAAAAAAAAAAACAAGCAGAGCAAAUUUGUUGUUGGCGUUGCCGCAGUCGCUUAGCCGCGUAAUGUUUUUUGCAUAUAUUGUAUCGAAUUGAGAGAUCAAGGAAACGCAUCGUGAUCUUCUUUUCAUUUUUAUGAGAAUACAUGAGAUUACACAUUUUUUUCAUA